GAUUCUCAACAACAACCAAACAGCACCAAGUUUAUUAUUUUAGUUUACCAUUUGUUUUGUUACCUGAAGCCUUAAAAGUCAGUCUACCAUGGCAAGCCAACCUAAAUCCAUCCAUGAUCUUAUAAUCAAGGAUGCUAAUGGAAAUGAUGUAGAUCUUAGCAUCUACAAUGGAAAAGUCCUACUUGUAGUCAAUGUUGCCUCCAAAUGCGGGUUGACAAAUUCCAAUUACUCUGAGUUCAAUCAACUCUAUGCAAAAUACAAAGAUCAAGGUUUUGAGAUCUUAGCAUUUCCAUGCAAUCAGUUUGGGGAUGAGGAGCCUGGAAGCAACGAGCAAAUUUUAGAGUUUGUUUGCACUCGAUUUAAAUCGGAGUUUCCUGUUUUUGACAAGAUUGAAGUGAAUGGUGAAAACGCAGCGCCUCUGUACAAGUUCUUGAAGUCGGGAAAAUGGGGUCUCUUUGGGGAUGAUAUUCAAUGGAACUUCUCAAAGUUUCUUGUUGACAAGAACGGGCAACCCGUUGAACGUUAUUACCCAACAACUGCACCUCUUACUAUUGAGAGAGAUGUGAAGAAACUCUUGGAAGUGUGAAAGGCUUCUUUUGUCAUAAGAUCAAUGCUCAACACUAAAAUUGCUCAAUUUGAACUAUAGUUUUUAGUUCGAGCUUCGUGAAUGUGUUUCGAAGAUUUAAUUUGCAAAUUCAACUGCCUAAACAAAGAUUGCGCAACACAUCACAAACCAGAAAAGUUCUCCAUAA